AUGGGGAAAAAGAAGAGUCCAUUUCGAUGUCUAGUUGAGUUCGAGGAAGGUAUCAGAAAUUUCUGCUCUAAGUAUAGGAUCCCCUCUACGGUGGGUAUGAGGUAUGCCGCCCAAGGGGAAUGGGUCGACGCUAGACAAACAGGGGAAGUGGUUAUUCCCAUGAUUGCUUUCAUAGAAGAAGGUAUCUCACUUCCCCAAUACACAUCUCGUACCGAGCCUCUUUUUGUGGCCAGCGUCUCGGCAGGAGCCUCUUCAUCCCAGCUUACCCUCAGAGAAGAGGAAGCAGAAGGGAAAGAGGAAGAAGAAGAAGAAGAGGAUGAAGUUAUAGAAGUCUCUGACUCCACGGACGACUUUGAGAUUUUUGAUCAAUCCAUACACUCCGGAGAAGGUCCUGACGAGAUGGGGAUACAAAGGAAGGCCCAAAGAAGCUUGUUGGAGUUGAUGGAAGGUCAACCCGGGAAGAGUGCGCCGGCAAAGUCAACACAAUCCCAGGCUCCAUCUCUUCCCACUAGGUCUCCUCCUCCUGCUCCUCGCCAGCCUUCUCGUCAACCUCCUCAGCCAACCCGUCCUGAUGCUGCCAAAUUAAAAAGACGUAGGGAGCAGAAGGGCAAGGAGGUGGUAGACGUUGGCAAGUCUCGUCCUACUCGCGAGGAGGAUGCCCAACGAGCUGCAAAGCAGCAAAAAACCAGGCAACAAGCUCCGCGGGGCCAGGAGAGGUCUGAUUCCCAACUUUCUGAGCCACAAGCAUGGUUGCCAGCACCUAUGCAUGGUGGGGAGCCUUUGCGAGAUGAUGCAUCUAUAAGGGAUUUCAAUGGCGGCAUAGGGUGUCACAUAGCCUCGGCCAUAGAGGAGGUCUUAUUGCUCCCAAAAGAUAUGGCCGAAAUAAAGAAUAUGAGGAAAAAUGAACUCAUGCUCAACAAUAAAAGAUACUUGGGCAUGAUUAUUCAAAAUACUUUCAAGCUGGAUGAGAUGCUCAAUAUCUGCUCCAAUCAGCUAGAUGAUGAAAGGAAGAAACGGGCAACGGCUGCGCAGACCUUGUCCAAAUUUGAGCAGGACUUGGCCGACGUGAAGAAAAAAUUACUUGCUGAGGAGCAAGCUCGCAAGAGUGCCGAGUCGGCCCUAGAAGGCUAUCAAAAGCAGGUCGAGGACCAGGGGAACUGCUUGCGUGAGGCGAAUGCCGAACUGAAGAAGGCUCAGGAACAAGUCCUAACUCUUAAGAAGCACUCGGAGGAAACCCAAAAGCUAAAGGAGCAAGCUGAAAAGUCCAGGGAGGAAGCCGAGAAAGCAAAAACCGAGGCCGAACGGGCAAUGAAUGAAGCUGAGCAGAGAGGCUAUGAGGUUGGUAUAGCUGAGACUGAGGAGGCUUUGAGAGCCGAGGUUCCAGUGGUGUGCCGUAUCUACUGUGCAAGAACUUGGGAUGAGGCCCUUAACCGAGCUAGGGUUGAGGCUUCAUCUGAGUUAUGGAGGCCAGAGAACGUAUUCUAUCCUGAGGCGAUCCGUCCCUCAACUCCUUCACCCCAUCAAGCUGAAGCCCCUCCUUCAAUCGUUAAUCCCAAUGAGGUGGUUUUGCCUCAAAAUCUUCCUCCCUCUGGCCAGCCAGAACCAGCUAAAGGGGGUAUUGCCCUUCCAAGAGCUUCCUUGGACAAGACUGCAACUACUUCUGAGGCAGAGACGACCUCCCAAAGUUUUCAACAGGAUUUGACUUCCACAGUCUUGCCAACUGGGGGAGCUACUAAGGAUAAAGAGGAAGUCACUACUUCGGAGGCAAACAAAUCAGCCAGCCAGGCCCCGAAGAUCCAAUUUAAAUUGAAAAAGUAG